GCCCUGUUCGACUCAACUUCGUUACCUGCCAUCCUGAAGAAGUCGGGAACUGUCCGUCAAGGGUGCCCACCCUCUCCCAGUCUGGGACAACGACAUCCCCUGCUCAUCUGUAGCUUGUCUCUCUUUUUUCUAUCCGUCUACACUACUCCGCUCCUUACACUACGGAGACUCUUCAUACACUACGCCUCUGACCAACAUCUUUGUCGCCGUUCCCGUCCCAUCCAUGCAGCUAAACUCAACCACCCCUGCCAAAGCUCAGAUCUCUAUUCUCCCGUCUCUUCACUCAACCCCCCGAUCCAUCAUCCCUACUCUUCCUCCUCCUACUUUCUCGGAGUCUGGAGGCGUCUGCCCUUGUCAACUAGUUGUCGCAUACCAUCUCAUCAGACAGAUGCUACCUACCCAGUCUCUUUGUCGCCCUCUCUCUCUCUCUCUCUCUCUCUCUCUCUCCUCCCUCGACGGACACCUUCUCAUAGAGAGCUGACAGACCCACAUCGCCUUUUCCCACCCCCUGGUUCGUCACCCACUGCGGGCCUGCCAAUUGCCCGCACGGGGAUCAGAUGCUAA